UGCAUUGUGUCCUGUAAGCUCCAGCAGUCAAGGUGUUCCUCUGUAUUUGGCUCCACUCAGACAAAGACAAGGAGCCAUGGCCGUGGCUAAUUUCCACUACAUUACUCGGAUGAGCAGUGGCUUCAAGGUCUACAUUUUAGAAGGUCAGCCCCACCUCAGAAGCGAAGACAGAUACAGACAUAUUACAAAUGACCGGGUCCGAGCCCCAACAGUGUAUCCGGUCAAACGCAAGCGCAGCCAUGAGAGAGGUCUGACACUGGAGGAAAGGCGAGAGCGGGUGCUGAGCAGAAGCAGUGCCAAAGCAGCCCAGGGAACUGCACCAGCUGUGUUUAACAGCCCGCAGAGCCCCACAUCCACCUGGAGUCCAACACCCAGCCCCACCAGCCCUCUGCCCACCCACGUGUACUAUGCACCAGUCAUGGAUGAACCACUUGCCCUCAUCAAGAAACCAAGAAAAGACCCUGAAAACACAGAGGAAAAGUCCAAAAGCAAUGCCACCACUCAAAUCCAGAUGCGUCCCUCUGUGAUCACUUGUGUCUCCUCAGUAAGAAAUCCCUCCUGCAGAUCCGAGGCCCACAGAAGCCACUCAUCAGUGGUUUCCAAAUGCAACUACGAUCACGUAGUUGAAGAGCAUUUCCAGAGAAGCCUCGGGGUGAACUACCAGAAAGCUCGCUCCCAGCAGCUCUCCAUCAGUGUGUCUGUCGAUGACCACUUUGCCAAGGCCUUGGGAGACAAGUGGCUGCAGAUUAAAUCCAAGUCUUCCUCCUGUUCCUCCACACCUCCCAGCAGUCCAAGUGUUACCCACUCCCCCACCCACAGCCCAAAUCAGUCCCACAAAGAGUCCACCAGCAGCUCAUCGCCAACUUCCAGCCGCUGGUCUGUCAAUUAAAGCAGAAACAGCCUCGGAUACGGGAGGAAACUGGACUUUUAACAUUUCACUGCGUGCAGCUCUUGUCGAGCAAUGGAAAUGCCUAUGCUAGAGUUGAGAGGGGAAGCUAACAGAUGCAGGAGGGCGGUCACUUUAGACAUGUGUGUGUCCAAAGACACACUGACAGACAAAUGUAGCAUUAAUCCCUGUUUUGUUACAUUUUUAGCCUCUGCUUGUGGAUAGCAUCUGAAUACCUGAGAUACUGUAGAUGGUGAUGUGGGAUGAUUGAGAAAUCAGCCAGAUAAUCCUUUACAUUUCUUUGAUUUUGUGUCAUUCUUUUUAUGCAGCUUGGAUGCCACAAUUUCAUUGUUUUAUAUUUAUAUUCUGAUACACCUGGAUUCCUUAUGGUCUAAAUGACUAGUCUAUCUGCUGUAUAAUAUCAUGCUUAUAAGUUGUACACAAGACAAAGACUUAUGGAAAAAAUCUCAAAAACCGUUUAAUAGUUUUGUGUGUUUGUCAUUUGUAAAAGCAAGUUUGUGUGGUUUCAUCUGACAAGUCUGUCAAAAAAAAAAAAAACAUCGCUAACAAGUGAAAACUUUCAUUACUUUUGUCAGAAUUUAUUCAGAAAAAGAAACUAAGGAUGUCACAAAACAAAUAAAACUCUUUUUAAACUCAAAGUUCGUGAACUCACGUACACCUUGCAAAAGGUGAGCAGGGUGGUGUACCAGACAAUCUAAUUUCAAUAGUGAGUCAGUGUGCGUCUACAGCACGUCCGGUGCACACAUGGCACUUUACAGAGUUGUUACCACACACUGAGUGGAAAUUAAAUAAAUGUAUGAGCAACACAUUCUGGGACUUUUUCCUGUAAGUUUGAGGGAAUGUGAGGGUGCAUGUUCCAGCAGGCACCAGGCCUUGUGCUCUGACAUUCCUGUCUCCUGAGAAAAUGACUCUGUGAGAUCC